AUGGCAAGUGACCCGCUGACCGCCGUGCAGCAGCUUCAGAGCGUCGUGACGGCUCUAGCGCCCGCGUUGCACCCUCAAGUGCUUCCCAAGGGCGUCGAGUAUGGACUGGACCUGAUUUUGUCGCUGUGUAAAACUGAGGAGCAGCGUCAAACGCUAUUGGCGCUUGAAGAGGAAGAAGAUUACAUGGAGCCACAGGUUAUUGGCACGUUCGACGUGGAGAACCGAGUGUUUGCCGUGCAGAAGGUGCAAUGGAUGCAUGAGCGCGAAGCUGUGGUGCACGAGUUCGCUCGAUUUAUCGAGUUGCAGCUGGAGAACCCAAUCGCAGCCAAGCAGGUAGUACAACACUUCUUAGAGGUGAACGGUCACAAGAGUGAGGACAGCAUUCUGGCCCAGCAAUGCUUCAGUGCUGCCUUCGCACUGCAGACGCUGCUCCGUGCAUUUCCAAAACUGCCAAUUGCUGUAGACGGCAAGAUUAUUGAGAUUGAGGAGGAUACGGACAUUGCUGAAGCCUUCGCACCGUUAUUUGCCACCAAGUCGAAGAAGAAAGCGAAGAAGACAACAGAGAAACAGGAACCUGCUAAAAAGGGGAAAGUCAAGCAGCAGAAGUCCAAAAAGAGGAAGAGCACUUGA